AUGCUAAAUAAGCCCUUCAAGUUGUCUACCGGACGUCAACAAACUUCUCUAGGGGCCUACGCCAACGGAUGCUAUGCGGUUAGCGAAUCCAAUGGUAUGUUGUCAGAAGACGUUGACACAGGCGUUCUGUCUUUCAUGACCAACAGUGACUGCAGGUGGUUAUUGUAAUCCAGCCGAAACCCCACGAUGACAGUGAUGUGUACUUCGUGUACUCGACCUACAAACAUCGUCUCGCACCCUUCCUCUCCCUCUCCCCAGCCCCAGUGGCGACAACACACCGACUUCGUCAUGCUUGGUGGCAUGUGGACGGAGAGUGUUAAUAACUCAUGUGGUCUUUAUAGACCCCAUGGGAUUUCAUAUUUCUAUUCGUCACGUAACUGUUUGUGCCUGGUGAUAAAUUACCGAAAACAUGUGUUUGCAGACUUGGCUUUCAAAGUAUUGUUCAAAUGGUUCAUGAUCCUGAAAGUUUACAGAUCAUCAUGAAACUAUGCAUAAAGUAAUGCUGGGUAUCCGAACCUGCCUAAGGGCAAAAAGAGCACUUUUAUGAAAAUCGUGGAGUCCAAACGACUCUUAAAAAUACCUUUGCUGGGGUAAUUUUUACCAAAACGUCAGCGGUUCGCAUCGACAAAUCAAAGUUAUAACAGGGUAGACUUUCGGUACGUUACAACUGACGUGUUUUUAUCGCAUCUACCAACAAGGCGAUUUUAGCCAUUUCCUCGUUUUCAUUAUCUGUCCGCCUAUCAGUAUUCUCACUUGUUAAGUUAUCGUGGGAUACCCGUUCAUUGUUCUUUUUUUAUUUAUAAAUAAUAAAUAUUUCGAUUGCCAUUAGGAGUGAGGAGGCGAGUUCCAGGAAGCGGUCAAGAAGAAGGAGGUGCGAUCGCUAGAAUAAGAGUCGUGUUCGCCGAACGUUUUGAAUUCACACUCGAGUUCGUUGCCACUGACAGAAGCAGAUAAGGGCAGUGUUUUGCAAAAGUAUUUUAACAGAUGCAUACUACAAAAACCAUGAAACGUAUGCAAGAUAUUACUCUUAUGUGACUCUUUCCCCGAUGGUAGAUUAGAAUGUGAAUCUGAGACGUCAGGCAAAUAAAGCUCUUGUUCAUGGGAUUGCAUCUCCUUUCCAUCUGUUCAGAUUCCCUUCGGCUUAAUGGAAGUCCGUCUGCGACAAUUACUUAUGAACAUUUUCAGGGUAUUAACGGAAUGCUUCUGGGGCACUACUACUACUACUACUACUACUACUACUACUACUAUGGACAGUUCCACUGUCGAUUUCGACUACGUCCACCCUACGUUCCAUAUCCGGAGGUAAGCAGGGAUGGCCACAUGCGCGUGGACUUGCGCAGCACCUGUCUCACCCUCUCCUCCUAG